AUGCACAACGCCAACAGCCAGACAGACGAUGCUACUGUGCCGAAUGGCCAGAGCCACGGCACAAACGGCGUGUCUUACGCACCCCCGCCGCCGCACGGGCAGCAGCCGCCGCAAUCCCCGGCACCGAGGAGGCCUGCCCGGUCAAAGAACGGAUGUAUGACCUGCAGCGCCAACACCACUGGCAAUGCCAACAAGGGACAGAGCCCUACAGCCAUCAUCCAUCCCAUCUUCCAGGCGGCGCCGGUGAACAGCAACACCUCGCCUGGCGACGUGGUCUCCACGCCCGGAGAUCAGCAGUGGCUCCAGAACCCCGGGGCCGUCGAUCAGCUGUUCGACUAUGCCAGCUUCAUGUGGGACGUCUCUGGCGGCGACGGCUUCACCACGUUUAGCCCUGAGAGAGCGCAGACGAACUUUGGCUCGACCGGCAGCGACCCUUGGAUAGACCCGUGGCAAAGCAUUGUCAACCCAUCACAACCAACAAACACAAAUGCAUCAACUUCAAGUGGCGGACCAAAGAACAAAGACCUUGGCUUGGUAAGGCACAGUUCAAACUUGGACAACGCCUCACCAACGCGGCCUGGGAUGCACCACGGCCCCUCGCAAGUGGCAGAGGACCGCCAUCUCAUCGACUACUUCAUCCGGACCGUUGUUCCACCGAUCCUGGCUGAGGUCGAGACCCAGAAGCGCUGGGCGACCAUGCGCCAGAUCCUCAUCUCCAUGUCCAACAACUCGGCCAUGGUCCGCUGUUCUAUCCUCGCCUUCUCGAGCCUGCUCUACUUCCGCCAGACGUCACCUCGACAGGGACACCCGCAGCACCACUACGAGACUGCAAUGAGAGACUUGAUGGCCUCAGACCCGAGCUUCCAUGAGGGAUACAGCUCUGCCCGAGAGCACCUGCUCGCUACCCUCUUCUUCCUGAUCUACGUCGACAUUCUCGAAGAUCGCAUGCAGAUGGCGCACGACAAUCUGAAGCGAGCCUACGACAUCUUUCGAAAUGGGAAGAAGCGCAGCUUCCGUCCCAUCGAGCUACGGUUGCUGUCAUGGAUCCGCUUGCUGGAUGCCCGAGCCGUCUCAGCUGGCGGUGAAGGUCUCUUCCUGUCAGACAACAAUGAGGCGCUCAUUGUACAACCGUCACCGGUUCGUGUUGAAGAGGACGAUCACGAAGGAGGGGCAACGGGCCUCAGUUGCGGCGCCGAGACGGAUGAGGGCGCUCCCGAAUCAGACAUCGAAGACGUCUUGUUCCAAGUGCUUUACCAUCCCGGCAUCGUCUUCUUCCAGAAAGUCCAGAGCUUUAUGGGCCGCAUCUCCAAGAUUGACCCCUGGCACCGUUCCCGCGGGACGGUGGAGGACGAGACCGAGGUCAUGAACAUUGCGUUGAAUAUCAUGAAGGACCUGCGGAAGCUAUAUGACGAUCGCCCCGCGCUGAUGGACCACGCCGUCGCCGGCGGUCUGACUCCGCCGCAUGUGUCGGCGAACCUCGCAUUUGCCAUCACGCGCGCGUUCCGGACGUAUCUGUCCAACUACCAUGCCAGCAAGAUCCACCUCCACCGCGUGGCGUACAAGAACCUGCCCCUGACGCGCGAGACGGCCGACGCGCUGAGCCAGAUCCGGCACCUCACGCGGCUCAUGGUCGAGGGGCUCAGCAGCGAGGACGCCCUGCCCGUGAGCCAGCUGUGGCCGCUGCUGAUGCUGGGAUCGGAAGAGGACGACCUAUCGGAGCGGCAGUGGAUCAAGGACCAGAUCCUGCGCAUGGAAAAGGUGGCGACCAACGCGCGCAUCACGGCGCAGGUGCUGGAGGAGGUGCAGGCGAGGCAGGAUGUGAGCAAGGCGAGGGUGGAUAUCCGGUCGGUGAUGCACGCGACCUUCGAUUCGUGCUUUGCGAUCAUGUAG